GCCCUGAGAGCGGCGCUUAAUUUGCCCUGCGGGAGCCCAGGCAAGCUGCAGCGGCGCAAGGACAGGCACGAGGCAGCCUACCGAGGUCGCACCCCCCGCCGGAGGCUGCCCUUGUACGCAACCAAAGCGUUACCGCCACUGAGAGCGGCAAGGGAGAGACGCCAUGCCGCGCCGGCGCUACGACGACGACGACGAGGGCUUCCCCGACAUCCGCCAGAAGCCGGGCACGCCUUCCGAUAGUUUUGGCGGCGCCUACGGCCCGCCGGACUCCGAUAGCGAGAGUGGGUAUUCAAGACCGGGCACCGCCGGGAGCGGCGAAAGCGGAAGCGCCUCGCUGACCUUCGAGGACUGGCAGAAGAAGGCCGGCCUCGGUUCUAUCGGGGGCGAGGACGAGUUCUCGAAGACCGAUGGAAGUGCGCGCGACGCGCGGAGGCGCGACGUAGAUAACCCGGAAGGCUUCGAGGGGAAAUGGUCGAUGGCCGACCAGAAGAGCCGCUUGAAGGACAUGAUGCGCAAGGGCGGCAAGAUGGGCUCCAUGCACGACGUUGCUAAAGCUGCCAAAGCUGCGCAGAAAGCCGCUCAUAUUACUACGAGCAAGAACCCGGCGGCGACCAAAAGAGCGAAAGCUCGGGAGAAAGUAAUGAAGCAAAGGAAAGACCACGAGGCCUGGGUCGAGCAGUUAGCUGCUGUUUGUGACGCUACCAAUGUAGAAAAACAAAGAUUAGCUGCUGAAAUUAUAUUCUUGGAGCACAACAUGGACCGCAAGAAAUUGCUGCGCGUUAUUCUGCGACUCGGGAGAAUUAAGUUGUUUACGGGCUUCCAGACCUGGGAGCUCAACACCGUCAAGAAGGAUCGCUUGGCCAAACAAGCUGAAAUUGCGCGUAGAAAGGCCGAGAUCGAGGCCUUCUACGCCCAGAUUAAAGCUGAUGAGAUCGCGAAUGAAGAAAGACAGAAGGCCAUGCUCGAAGGGCGGCUCAAGAACACGUCCGAGGCGCAGUACCAGCUCAUCCUGAACAUCUUCAGCAAAAUGACCGGAGACAAGACGAGGGAGUACUACAGCAAGUGGAAGGGCAUGAUGAUCGACUUUCGGUCGAAGUUUGUGUUGAUGAAGCGCGUGCUGGGGCGACUGAUGUCGGCCAAGACCAAUUCCGCGUGGGGCAAGUGGUACUUCUGCACCUUCACGGUCGGCAAGAUGUCGUUGGAUGAUCAGAUCAAGGCCUUGCAGGAGGAACUCGCGAAGGCUCGGGCCUGGAAGGAGAAGGUCGAGAAGGAGGUGGAAGCGAUCGCGGACCGCAUGGCGCAAGCCAUGAUCGCCGGCGCGAGUGCGUCGCAGGUCGCUUUGCUCAAGAGAGUCCUGACGAAGUUCUGCCAGCUCCAUAUAAGGCAGGGCAUGAAGGCCUGGAAGGCCAAGGUGCACGGGCAAAAAACGGCCAAGCAGCGCAUGUCUACUGUUAUCAGACGUUUGGCGAAUUCGCAGCUCAACUACGGCUUCCGGAGGUGGUUGAUGGUGGCCGUGAAAGAUAAAAACAGUGCGGGGCAGCUCAAGAUGGAGCAGUUCCAGCGGGAGACGUCGGGUCUCAAGGAGCGGUGCGAGAACGUGGCUACAAGAAUAGUGGCGUUGAUGACCAAGGUCGAGCAGAUGCGCGAAAGCGUCCAGCUCCAAGCGAUCGCCGCGGAUCGCGUGGCCCACGGCCUGCCGGACUUGGUCGAGGAGUUCGCGAAUAUAGCUUAUAUUGAUAGGGCCGCGGCGGAGAACCCGGCCAACUUGAUGAAAUUGAUCCCUCCGGAGCAACGGCAGCAGAUGGCCGGUGGUCCUGCGAUGGGCGGCAACGACGGCCCCAUGACCACUACUAUUCAAUAUGGCCCUGGCAGAACCUCCACAAGAGGCUCUACUGGUUUUGGGCAAAGAGGCGGCGGUCCGGACACGGCCUCGAUCGCGUCCUCGAUAGACUCCGCCUCGUUGGGCUUCGCGGGUAUUGGAUUUGGCACGCCCAUGUCGCCCGAGGACAGAGCUAGUUUACUGGUCUUCGUCAAGGGCCUCGAGAGCAACUCCAACGACCCCAAAAUUGCCAGAGUGGCGCCGCAGCUCGCCAAGCACAAGAAGGCCAUCAAGAAGCUGGCGCUCGUCGGCGACCCGCGGCUGUCGGCCUGCGUCAAGGCCUACGAGCGGACGCGCGACCCCGGCGACCUCGUCGAGUCCAUCGAGAUGAUCGCCGCGGGCAUGGACUUCAACGUCGCGCCGAUGUACUAG